AUGGGAGAAGCAGCAGUGAAAAGCCACAUGAAAUCGAAGAAGCACGUCGAUGCUGUUAAAGGUACGUUUGUGUGUUCAAAUUUGAAUUUACUAGAAUUUAAAGUUUGCAUCAAGACAAGAAAAUGCAUGUUUGCGUUAGAUAUUUGUCUCGAUAUUUGUACCAACUCGUGAUUCAUUUAGGAUGCAGCCUGUAUUGGGUAUAACAUAGAUUUAAGUGCUGUGGUGUAAUAAGAAUCGGCAAAAUAAUAAACAGAACAGAAAAAGAAUUUGUCAUCUAAAGCGACAGAAUAUAAAUAAAUGUCUUUUUAAUUUCGGGAUGACAAAGAUAAUGCAUGGAUUGUACCGAUGUUUAGGCAAGAGUGUUCUUUUGAGUUUUGAGAGGCUGCAGGGGGUGGUUGGGGCCGGUGGGACUAAACUCGGAGGUAUAUUAAAUUUCAGAUAUAAAGUUAAUGUAUUAUGAGGGACUAGCAAAACGGCCAUUUCAUUUUUUUUUAUUUAGCGCAUCUUUAUUUAUUAAUACAAAAUUUAUACAAUAGUUAAUACUAUGCGAUACAACACUAAUACACUAAAAGUGAGUUUUUAUUUUUCCUUGACAUUUGUGGCUCAGCAUUGGGAUUAAUUAUGGCUUCAGCCCCCCUCCUUCAGUUCUGUUGUGGCGCCUGUAAAAUAUGGUUUAUUUUUAUAAGUGGAUUGCAAUUUCGAUGAGGCUAUUGUGAAAUUUUGAGAUUCCAGGAUUUCUGUGACAGUAAAUUCAUUUAAUUAGGGCUCAUUUUUGACGAUAUUCAUAAACAAACAUUUUUAAUUUGAUUUUAGACGAGAGUAGCAAUGCCAGCCUCAGAAACUUUUUACCUGCUGUUGGAAGCCAGCGUGGUUCACAUGAAGUAGGACGCUCUGAACAGCCAUGUUCUUCCGGUGCCGGUGAUAUAAGAAAUUAUGUGGCUUCAAAUGAGACACUUGCUGCAGAAGUUUUGUGGGCACUGAAAGUAAUCUUGUCUCACUAUAGUUACAAGAGCUGUGAGGACAUUCCAGAACUAUUUAAACGUAUGUUUCCGGACAGCCAGAUAGCCAGCAAGUUUUCCUGUGGCGAGAAAAAAUGUGCUUACUUAGCUUGUUUUGGCAUAGCACCCUAUUUCCAACGUAAGCUUACGGAUGAAGUCACAAAACUUGAAUUGUUUGUUUUACUUUUUGAUGAAUCGCACAAUAAAGUUACCCAAACCAAGCAGAUGGAUCUGCAUGUUAGGUUUUGGGAUGCAAAGAACUCCAGAGUGCAGACAAGGUACCUAACCUCUGUAUUUCUGGGACAUGCUACAGCCGACGACCUUUUGGAAAAGAUCGUUAGCUACCUUGAUAGUAUCAAGAUUCAGAAGUCCAACAUAUUGCAGUUGUCAAUGGACGGGCCUAACGUGAAUUGGAAACUGCAUGAGCUAUUCCAGGAACUGAUCUCUGAGGUUGACGAAAACGCACCCAUCUUAGUUAACGUAGGCUCUUGUGGACUUCACAUUGUACACAAUGCUUUCAAAGCUGGAUCAAAGGCAUCUACUUGGAGCAUUCAGGAAGUUCUGUCUUCUCUUCAUUGGUUAUUUGUGGAUUCACCAGCACGAAGAGAGGAUUACACAGAAAUAACCAGCAGUGUUGUAUUUCCAAUUAAGUACUGCAAGCACAGAUGGCUGGAGAACCUGCCAGUUGUAGUACGGGCCCAGGAAAUAUGGAAAGAAGUCACUUUCUAUGUGACAACGGUGCAACGUAGCAGCAAAUAUAGUGUGCCAACUUCAAAGUCCUACAAGACGAUAAGAGAUUCAACCCAAGAUCCACUAAUGCCUCUCAAAUUUGCUGCUUUUGAGUCAGUGGCUAAACAGCUGCAACCAUUUCUGGUACAGUUCCAAAGCGACAGCCCUCUUCUACCAUUUGUGGCCAGCAGUCUAGAGAAGGUGAUUCGUGGUCUCAUGAAAAGGUUCGUCAAAGCUGAUGUACUCCAGGGUGCCAGCUCUGCAGUAAAGCUUCUGAAGAUUGACUUCAAGAAGAGGGAGAAUUGCCUUGACGUGGAGAAGUUGGAUGUUGGUUUUGUUGCUGCCACGAAGCUGAAAAGAAUUGCAAGCAGCCAAGAAAAUCAGUGA